CUCUUCUUAUUUAUCUCCCUCCCUCCCUGACUGUGAUGUGGAUGCAGCGUGUGAGCAGCAGCCAGUGAGCGUGCCUACGUUAGCAGUGUGUGCUGUUGGAAUCCAUGCAGCGGCUGACUGUACUGCCUCUUAAAUAGGAGCAAACAGACUCAUCGCUCGUGACUCUGACACCACUGAGACCAACGCUCCCUCUCCCGGACUGACAGGCCAAUCACAGGACACCCCUCACUCUCUCAGUCGCUCUCUCUCUCUCUCUCUGAUUCUCUCUCUCGCAUUCAUUCCUUUGCUCUCUAUCUCUCUCUCUGUCUGUAGCUAAGUCUCUCUACCACACCUCGUCCAGUGCAGAGGAACAGAAAGCCCCCUGCCCAGCCCAGGGAUAGCCAGACCGCUGAGAGGAUGAAACUCUGACAAGCCGACAGACCGCAGGGAAACGAGCACAACUGCCCACAGAUAAUUGGUUGAAGGGAGAGUCCAGGAAGGUCAGCCAAGAAAGCAGCCGUAGGUGCUAGCGUGAAAUCUACAGGAACUACAAUUACUUCAACAGUGAGCCGCUGGAACAAGGUGAAUGACAGACGCUGCUUCACACAGAGUGAUGCUGAGACUGGCUUAGGCUUGCAGCACCACUGAAGACUUACACGGCACUAGACAAUGACUAUUAGCCCCAAGACCAGCGAACAGUGAUCAACUGACCUCUGAGACAGGUUGUAUCUGACAGAGAGAGGACCACCGCCACGCUCCAGCCCCGCUCCAACCCACUGGUUCGUUAGUAUCAACAGUGAGUGAAUCUCCCAGCUUUGGCCCGUCCGGCGUUACCUGUACAUGGAGACCCCCAGCUGGGCAGGAAACACGUUGUGUAAAUCAGGAAGUAUUGCUGUCUUCGGGAACGUGGUGUACAGCGGGCUGCUCAACGAGCACCUCUGGCAUUUAGGAGUUCCCCUCUUCACGAGACUGGGUAACCAAGAGGCCACCAACCCCCCAGAAGCCAUGGCCCAGCCGUACACGCCUGCCCAGUACCCGCCUCCCCCACAGAAUGGCAUCCCUGCCGAGUUUGCGGCACCCCACCCCCUCCCCACGCAGGACUACACCGGGCAGAACAGGGUGCCCGAGCAUGCCAUGACCCUCUACACCCCCACACAGACGCACAGUGAGCCGCCGGGCACCGACAACAACACGCCCGCCAUCACCGCCAACACGACUGUACCGACAGAUGACGUGACGCAAUCAGAGGUCUCCCUGCAGCUCCAGCUGCAGCUCUCGGACUCCUCGGAGAAGCAGCAGCCCAAGAGGUUACAUGUCUCCAACAUCCCCUUCCGCUUCCGCGACCCCGACCUGCGGCAAAUGUUUGGGCAAUUUGGAAAGAUUCUAGAUGUGGAGAUUAUCUUUAAUGAGCGAGGAUCCAAGGGCUUUGGGUUUGUAACUUUUGAAACGAGCACAGAUGCCGACCGUGCGCGGGAGAAACUAAACGGUACAAUCGUAGAGGGACGCAAAAUAGAGGUGAAUAAUGCAACAGCAAGAGUGAUGACAAACAAAAAAGUUGCCAAUCCGUACACAAAUGGCUGGAAGCUGAACCCUGUGGUGGGAGCUGUCUAUGGUCCUGAACUGUAUGCUGUAACAGGUUUCCCUUACCCGGCCACAGGGGCUACGGUGGCCUAUAGGGGUGCCCACUUGCGAGGCCGGGGGCGGGCUGUGUACAACACCUUCCGCACAGCACCUCCACCACCACCUAUUCCAGCCUAUGGAGCAGUGGUGUACCAGGAUGGCUUCUACGGAGCAGAAAUCUAUGGGGGCUACGCUGCGUACCGAUACGCCCAGCCCACCACCGCUGCUGCCUACAGUGACAGCUAUGGCAGAGUCUAUGCAACAGCAGACCCCUACCACCACACAAUCGGCCCUGCCGCUACAUACAGUGUGGGGACCAUGUAAAUAACAAAGGCAACGCUGUGCUCAGUAUUGAUGGACAUCACAGAUGAAAACAACGAGAAGAGGAGAACUAGCUUUAAGAAAACAACAGGAGAAGAAGAGAAGGAGUCCCACUACUGAGGCUGGUGUGGAACGACGGGAGGCGUGCGUGUGGAGUGGUGCCGCGGCGGUGUCAAAACCAGCCACAAGCGCUACAGAUGGAGUGAGCCAGUUUCCACCAGGGACCACCUUUGCCGGAUAGAAGAGAAAGACAACGAGAGAAAAAAGAGAGAAAGCAUCCUGUUAUUAUAACACAUUUUAUUUUUCUAUACUUUUGUGAUUUACAGCUUGUGAUUUACAAGUAAAAAUGUGUAUAAAACAGUAUAUAUGUACAAAUAUGUUUUUAUGUUUUUGGUAAGGAAGACGAACAGUUGGCCCUUGAUGCUGAUUCUGUGGUGGAGAGGGAGAGUCCUGCUCUUCUCUCUCUGGCACACCACUCCUGUCACUGACAGACAAGAGGAGGUGAUAUAUAUAUAUAUAUAUAUAUAUAUAUACAUAUAUAUAUAUAUAUAUAUAUAUAUAUAUAUAUAUAUAUAUAUAUAUAUAUGGCAAAAGCAUUGUAUUACAGGUCCACUUUCUGUGGGUCGGAGUCAAUGGUUAACUUCCAGCUGGAGGUUUCUAUGGUUACACUUUCUGUGUGCGGUCUUUUCGUGGUCUCACUGGUUCGCUUCCUUCCUUGCGCUGGUGCCACUGUUCCACUGUUCCACUUCCUGUUGCAGUGUCACUGGCCAGCUUCCUAUGGGUAGUCACUGCUGUUCUCUACUUCCCUGUGGAUACUGUCGUCAUGACUCCACUUCCUCCUGGCAGCACCACUGGUCCAAUCUCCAUGGGCAGUACUGUCACUGGUCUACUUCCCUGUGGAUACUGUCAUCAUGACUCCACUUCCUCCUGGCAGCACCACUGGUCCACUCUCCAUGGGCAGUACUGUCACUGGUCUACUUCCCUGUGGAUACUGUCAUCAUGACUCCACUUCCUCCUGGCAGCACCACUGGUCCACUCUCCAUGGGCAGUACUGUCACUGGUCUACUUCCCUGUGGAUACUGUCGUCAUGACUCCACUUCCUCCUGGCAGCACCACUGGUCCACUCUCCAUGGGCAGUACUGUCACUGGUCUACUUGUCUGUGGGUAAGCCAGUAGAGAAAUGAGUAAGCUCUCUUUCCUCUCCAAGCCCCAGCAGAGGUCUCUGAUUCACGACGAGAGAAAGAGAGAGAGAGUUUGAUGCGUUAGUCCCUGACUUUCCUCACCUGCCAGGGUCAAAGCCCAAGCCUUUGUGUCUCUAUCUGCACCAGUGGACAAAGUAUCUCAAACAGACAGACCAACAAGCCAGGGUGCAUUUAACUAACGACGCACGUUUCCAGAGAAGAGAAAUACUCAUCAAUGUCCAUGUAACAAUUGAAUUAUAAUCGAAUAAUCUAAUUGUAAUACAUCAGCAGGUGCAUAACCAAAACACAAGCCUAAGGCAUAUGGACUAUGUCGCUUGAUAAACAUUAUAGAACUAGUGCCCAUCCAAUGGUAAUAAAGGAAUGAGGGCUGAAACAUGUCAAUUACAAUGUUGUUUUGUCAAUGUAUUCUGAGAAUAUUUAUUUGUGUGAUUUGCAGCACUGAAAACUUUUAAAGAAGAAAAAAACGUUUUAAUUUGUUGAAGCAACCUUACUUUAUAUCAGGAGAGUCACUGUAAACAUGUGUUUAAACAAGAAUGUUGGUUCAGUGCUUGAAUGUAUUUUAAUGUCUAGGGUGUCCAACAAGUAUGUAUUCUUUUUCUGUAUAUAAAUAUAUAUAUAUAUAUAUAUACAUAUCUAUUAUAUGGGCUGUGGUGGUGUCAGGGAGUAGAGGGGGUAGAUAAGGGGCACCCUCCUACAAGCUAUACCCCUGAUAUACUGUAACAUGUGAUCAUGUGUUAUAUGACUGAAAGCGUGAUGGUGAUUGUGUGAACUGAUCUUCCCCUCCCCCUGCACUUCAAGAGAUUGGACAGGAUUUUAAGCACUUACGAAUUCGUAACAUGCUGUAUGAAUUGGAUUUCGUAAAACAUAUCAUGCACAUUCUUUUUGCAAGACAAAAUGGAUGACGUUGUACACAAUUGUGCAGUCUUCGGGGACCGAAAAACUUCUGGCUGAAAUUAUAUGAAACCUUCAUAAUGCAUCUUUAAACAAACACACAUGAACACACACUCAAAUACAGAGAAUCACAGACACAUGUUUUGGCCUAGAAAUAUGCUACAGAACUACUUAACAACUUGCUGAUUGCCAACAGAUAACUUGUGCUCCAGAGAGUCAUUCACAACUACUCUGGCCCUGCAGGGCCCCAACUACUCUGGCCCUGCAGAGCCCCAACUACUCUGGCCCUGCAGGGCCCCAACUACUCUGACCCUGCAGGGCCCCAACCUCUCUGGCCCUGCAGGGCCCCAACUACUCCGGCCCUGCAGGGCUCCAACUACUUUCUCUCAGCUAUAUUACAGACACCCUUAUGGAAAUAACAUGUAUAUUCAUCAUCACAUUAAGUAACAGGUCCUGUUGAGGAAGGCAAUGAUCAUAAGCAGGUUUAGUGUAUAGAUGUAGAUUUGAUUGUGAGAGUCACAUAGUGUAUGUGGCUAACUAACUCCCAGUCAGUUUCAGGUGAAAUGUGAGUGUGAAGAAACGGCAGGCAGGCAGGCAGGCAGGCAGGCAGGCAGUAGGCCGCCCUCCUGAUCUCUGUGUAGACUGCAAGUACCAGUCCUUAUCUUCCUGAGCCCUGAGCACAAUGGCUUGAGCUGUGACAUGAGCAGGAUACCCCUCUGAGAGAGAGUUACUACUGUACCGCCCCCUCCCGUUCUACUGUGUGAGUCUACCGUCCCUUUUGUAUUCCUGAACCUACUGUACAUAAUAUCCCCCCUCCCCUCUGACUCCCAAAAUCUUGUAUUUUGUUCUAUAAUGACACAUUUAUUUAUAAGGAUUUUUUAAAUAUAUCUCUUUCUCCUUUUUGUAAAUGUUCCAGUUAAAUAAAGUUCAAAAAUGUUAAAAAAUUCAAUGGAUAUAUUGAAAGGUAAAAGUCUCUAAAAGUCCCCUCUCCUCUGGCUCUGUAUUCUAAACUUUGUGUUUCUCUUUCUGUAUGCUUCUCUUAUGUGCUUCAGAUUAAGAGUUCUAUUUAUUAUGACAUUAACGUUAUUAUAAUUCUGACUAAUUAUUAAUAUUAUCAUCAUCCUCAUCAUCAUCAUUAUUAUCAUUAAUAAACUUGUCUACUUCAACCAAAA